AUGUGCAACCUAAAGCUGUCAGUUUUCUUCAUUGCACUUUCUGUCACUCUGAGCUGCUUGGAAGCUACACCUAUCGAGAAUCACCACCUGGAGAAACGGAAAUGCAACACUGCUACAUGUGUGACACAACGCUUGGCUGACUUUUUAGUUCGUUCCAGCAACAACAUUGGAGCAAUUUAUUCACCUACGAAUGUGGGGUCCAACACAUAUGGAAAAAGGGACACAGCUGGGCUUUUAAGCUGA